AUGGCUAGAAAUUUUGAUGAUAUGUUUAAUGAGGCUUUGUAUGACAAAAGAAGACGGCAAGAUAACACACUCAUAGAUAAUUGGAUCGAUGAGUAUUUACUCAAAGAUUCAGAAGAAGAAGAUAUCGAUAGAAGCUCUAUCCCAAUUACUCGUAGAUGGAUAAACAGAGAUCGAGAAGCAAAACAUGAUCACCUUUUCCAAGAUUACUUUGCAGAUGAACCGAGGGUUGAUACAACUGGAAGAAGAGGCUUGUUGCCACUCCAGAAAUAUACCGCUGCGAUACAGAUGUUAGCAUAUGGCGUAACAGCUGAUGCUGUUGAUGAUUAUAUGCGCAUAGGCGAGAGCACUACAAUUGAAUGCUUGAAAAAAUUUGUUGAAGGUGUCAUUUCCGUGUUUCAGGAUGAAUACUUGCGAAAACCCAAUCCGAAUGACGUACAACACCUGCUACAAAUGGCGGAGGGUCGUGGCUUCCCUGACAUGUUGGGUAGCAUUGACUGA